CUGGAAACGUGCGCAGCCUGAGAGUGGAAGGUUCAGGACCGGCAAUGGAUCGCUCAAGAUCCAAGAUCCAAAUUUUGGACUCGGCUCAAGUGAAGACUCUGGCUGGAUCUGGUCUACCACUGGCUGUUCACAGCUGACAACUAUGAUCCAUAGCUGGCUUUGUAUGAUAGUUUCCAACAACUCACAGAGAGGACAACCUCGAUUGUGCUUCUGAACUGUUGGAAAGAGCCCUACUAGCUAGUAUGAGAUUGUGGGAGCUGCCGGUUUCUUCAUUGGUAGACGGAAGUAUCUCUACGGAAAGCAUGUUUUAGCUACCGGUAGCUAGGCAAUUCGCUGGGGAUCCUUUUCUGCACAAACAGCGGCAAGAUCAGGUAUCUUUCGAUGAUCGCACGACGUCCCAUUGUUCUGUGGGCUUAUUGAGACCGCAUGCGAAUCUUUUUCCCCUUUUCAGAUCACGGAGAUAGAAAAUACGCAACGAAGGAAGGACUUUGCAGCAGCGACCCACAAUAGCACUCCACACAAGUGGGAAGCAGGGCAAGUCAAUUAAAAGACAUCGCUAUUUCAUAUCACCAUCGCAUUAUCCACUCAAAACUACAUUAUGCACCGCGUCCACACCCAUCUCGCGAGGACAGCAAGACUUGCCAGUCGAGCAAGGUCUGUCCGAAUAUCCUUGGCCGUCAUCAGUGAUCCAUCGAGUACCAGUAGUAGAAUCACCAGCAAUAGCUGCAGUCGCAGUUUCGCUACCGACAAGAAACCCGACUGGAUGAUAGAAGCCGAGCUCGAAGCCAUCGCUGCCACUAACGCACGUGCUAUAAAACAGGGAACCGCCAACGAUGUUGUCAUGGGCAAGCUGAAGCACGAGUUGGACAGGGAAAUUAUUUCGAAUGCCAUCAAAUUGGAAGAAAAAUUGGUCAUGAUUAUACAAAAGUGCAACGAUGCCAAAUCGGGGGCCAUGGUGGAUGCCCGCGGUCGUGCGGUCUACAACGCGCUUCGGAAAAAGGCAUUGGCAACACGGCAAGAUUUGAUUACGCAAAAGGAAGCAGCAGGAAUGGUGACGGACGCAACAUCUAUGGUCGAAUCUGCCCAUCCCAUUCCAGCUUCCAUGUAG